AUGACCUCGGACGGAGAAGAGACCAUGUCCAACCCCCCCGUUGCCGCCGCCGAUGAGGUCGAGGUUUCCGCUGAUGCCGGCGCUGGCGGCCAGAUGUCCGUCCUCGAUGCUCUGAAGGGUGUCCUCCGCAUUGCUCUGAUCCACGACGGUCUUGCCCGUGGUCUCCGCGAGGCCGCCAAGGCCCUCGACCGCCGCCAGGCCCACAUGUGUGUUCUCAACGAGGGCUGCGAGGAGGAGGCCUACAAGAAGCUCGUCAUUGCUCUGUGCUCCGAGCACAAGAUCCCCCUCAUCAAGGUCCCCGAUGGAAAGAUGCUCGGCGAGUGGGUCGGUCUCUGCCAGCUUGACCGUGAGGGUAACGCCCGCAAGGUUGUCAACUGCUCUUGCGUUGUCGUCAAGGACUGGGGUGAGGAGUCCCAGGAGCGCUCCGUCCUCCUCAACUACUUCCAGACUGAGCAGUAA